AUGGGAAACUAAAGCGAAAAAAAAAUAGCUUCAUUUAAAUAAAAAGUAAUCGGAUAUUACUUUUACCCAACAACAGGUAUUUGCACAUUAUUUUUGCUUGCUAAUUUAUAUUUUGGUUAUGCAUUAACAAUUUGGGGUGCUAUAGUUGUUGCUAUAAUUACUUUUAUUCAAUACUUUUGUUAUAAUUAGAUAAGCAAGUCACUAGAUUUUGGUUUGGAUACAGAUUCAUAUUCCAUUUAUAUAGAUAUAUUAGUUUUAAACGGAGUCAUCUAAGUAAGCUUUUUUAUCUACUUUAGCUUGGCAGCAUUAUGUUUGACUUUUUUUGGUAUGGCUAUUGGAUUAUCCCAUUAAUAUUGCUAUAUAAAGGAUCGCUAAUUAUUUGGGGUUGGCUAUAAAAGCCCCAAUAUGCUGAGGAAGAUAAAAAAGAUAAAAAGAAAAAAGAAAAUAAACCUAAAGUAAAAUAUGUUAAAUGA